AUGUUCACAUCUUUGCCAACCAGAGAUCCAAGCCCUAAUCGUCAAACGUAUACCCUCACCACUAUGACAGCCAAUCGAGUUAGCGAACGCCACCAUGCGGCGGGCUGGAUCUCCGCGCAAGGAUCGGGAUUGGAAGCGGCAGAGCUGGACGAACAGCGACUCGCUAUCGCCAAGGCCAGCUCUCGACAUUCGAAAUGCCAAUCGUACCAAGAAGAGAGGGUCCAUAGUAAUGCAUCAUUGAUAUAG